ACGAUGUCAAAGACUUUUUAUGGAUAUUUUAAAGUCUUUCUAAAAUUUCACUUCCUUGAAUAAUGAAACAGUUGAAACAGAAUUGCUAAGCUCAGCAGCAAAAUAUUUUUGAUUAACAACACCAGUGUGAUGUCCGCCAGUGCAUAAAUCAACAGAAAAGCGAACCAAUUCUAUGGAACUUUUUUAUGAUGAAUUAUUCUAAACUAACUGGGGAAAGUCCAUUGAAUUUAUUAUAUAAAUUGAACGAAGAAGAACUCACGAAAAUCACAGAUGAAACCGUCAAGCAAGCUGAAAAAUUGAAAACAAAAACACAAUUCUUCACUGCAGUGGAGCUAAAUGCGAUAGUUGAUUUUAUGAUUAACCACAAAGAGUUCGCUCGAAAUGGUAAUAUUGGACCUCAAGCAGUGAAAUUAUCAGGAAAGCUGUGGGUGCUGCUGACACGAGACGUGAGUAACUGUGGUAUCCAAAGAACCGUCACACAAGUAAUCAAUGCAUGGUCCAGGUUGAAAAAAAAAGCCCUAGCUGAACAAGCCGAUCGCGUAAAAGCCCUCAAUAAGACGGGAAAUGUAACUAGAACCAGCCCUUUGUCAGAGUUAUCUGCUAAGGUUUUGUCAGUCAUUGGUACCAGUAGUGGCUUGUCAUUAUCAAAUGGUCAAGCAGGGCUAAAAAAACAGGAAAACAGCCACGUGAUUCUGAGUACUCCUAAGCAAAAACGCCUGGAUAAUACCCUCAUGACAAAAGACGCAUUUCGUCAACAAAAUUUCGAAAAACUUACUACAACGACAGCUGAAAGCAACCAACACUUGAAAGAAUCCAAUAGAUUGAUGUCUGAAGCCAUUCACGUCUUCAUUGGAAUUCGAAACGAAUUACGGGAACAAAAUAAACUUAAAAGAAUGGAGCUUAAACUAAAAUAUAAUAGAACAAAUGCUACAGCUGACGAUAAGAAAAUCAUCGGACCUCAUUAUAACGCGCAAUAUCUGAAUGUGAUGAGGAAUAAGGAGAAUGAAAGAGAGAAAGAAAGAUCUGAAACAAGACUUUCACUUGAUAAAUUGGAGGAUGAUUUUGUAACCAAUUCGUCUGAUAAUCAAUCUCCUGACAUUGAAAAAGUGGAUGAACACGUGCAUGCAGGCAUGGAAACUGACUAUAAUGACAACGAUGAUCCUGGUGUAGACUACCAAUAUUAUGUGGAAGACUUGGACUUUGAAGAUCUCCAAAAUGAAAAUUAUUAUAAAUAA